CUCGACUUGAUGUGGAGACCUUCGAGACUGCACUCUAUUACAAAUGUUUACUUACAUCGGACGAGAACACAGAAUUUCUUUCUAUCUUUGCGAUCGCAGCUUCAUAGCUCGAGCUCUGCCAUCGCGUCUGCCACCAUGAACGGAAUUCAAGACGUCUCUUGCGCAAAACACACGCAAAUAUUACCCGUAGAUACUGCGAAAUUGAAGAACGUAGCACAACCAAUAUUUCAAGACGGCUUUUUAUACGAUCUGCGCAUCAAAUUUGACGAGGAAGAGGAGGCACUACGAAACUUGAAGCUUGCUGCCAAAUGUCUGCAGACGUCGAACACUCCCGUUGCAUUUCCCACCGAGACCGUGUAUGGUUUGGGGGCAGACGCGACCAGGAGUGAGGCGGUCAAAGGCAUAUAUGCUGCGAAGCAACGGCCUGCAGACAAUCCACUUAUCGUGCACUUUUCCUCGCUCUCACAACUGAACAGUUUGCUUUCAGGAUCGACGAUUAAAAACCACGAGGCUGUGACCGCAGCUGUCCCUUCGAUAUACUUGCCUCUCAUAAAGAAGUUCUGGCCCGGGCCGCUCACAAUCAUUUUACCAAACCCAAAUACCUCUCCGCUGGCGCCAGAGGUCACAGCUGGCCUUGAUACUUUCGGCGCUCGCAUUCCUGGCAAUCUUCUUGCCCUGCUGCUGAUCGAGCUUUUGGGAAAGCCCAUCGCUGCGCCUUCAGCAAAUGCUUCGACUAAACCGUCGCCUACUGCUGCUGAGCACGUACUGGAGGAUCUCAAUGGUCGGAUCGAGUAUAUCAUUGAUGGUGGUCCGUGUGAAGUUGGUGUUGAAAGCACAGUGGUCGACGGCCUGUCAAGUCCGCCGGCGAUUCUGAGACCGGGCGGCAUCAGCAUAGACCAGUUGCGAGAAUGCUCUGGAUGGGAGAACGUUGUAGUGGCCUAUGAGGACGUCUCCAUGAAGAAAGGACAGCCUCGAGCACCCGGCAUGAAGUACAGGCAUUAUUCGCCCAAGGCUAAGGUCUUUCUUUACGAGACAGGCACCGAUCGUCCUAAGCACGAGACUCUGGAGAAGCAGGGGUUCCGUACGCUAGGCUUCAUUCAUACAAGAUACUGGAAGAGUAAUCUUCACGACGACUCCAACGACCACUGCCGCACCGCAGGUGGCGAGAAAAGUGCCAGAACAAAUCACGCCGCCGAUAGAUUUUCGGCACUUGUGCCUGACCUCUUCGUGCAGCGGCCGGAGCUGAAGCACAAAUGCGUGGACAGACCCGGUGGCCAAGUUACGUAUUGGGAAAUCAAGAUUGGAGAAUCGGCAUCAGACGUGGCGCGAAACCUUUUCUGGGCACUCAGAGAGCUGGACAGGAAGGGUUGCGAAGUCAUCUGCGUGGAGGGCAUCGGCAGCGAGUCAAGCGACGUCGCCGACGCGGUAAUGAACCGCCUCAGAAAGGCGGCGGAAGUCCAGUUCGACAAGUGAAAUAGUGCGAGAACGUUUUCUGACGGUCUGCAUGGCUUUUGAAUCGAGCUAGCCGAGAACGUGAGAGAUCAUCAAACAAAGAAGAAAAGAGGCGAUUGGGCGUGCUCGCGCGACGCCUUCCGCCAUGCGCUGACCCAUUCGGGACGGCAUGUGCGAAUUUCGAUCGUCAUAUGGCUCUGUAAUGCCAACCUUGAAAUGAGCAUGCAGCAAGGGAUGGAUGCACCAAGUAUUAUGCAGAAAAAAGACCCGCAACCAAGCAGAUAUCGCAUGUUGUACCAUAUCGUCGCUUAGAUCUAGUUACACUUCUCUGACGUACCACCCGACUCUAAAAUGUGUUAGGUAUCCCUUGGACAAAACGACCAGUGUGCAACUAGCUUAGCACACUGUUCACCAUGAACUAGCGUAGAUAUGCAAACCGGCUAUAGAAAAGAAGAACAUUUAUGGAUAAAGCCACGUGCCUGUGUUGGUGGUAUCACUAAUUAACAAAUAGCUUAAAAUGCGAAGAGGGUACGAUUAU